CUGGCGGCGGAUGGCACCGUCAUGAACACCUUCACCCACAAAUGCCAGCUGCCCGAAGCCGGGGAGACCAAACCUUCCGGACUAGACGUGGACCCCACGUCGGUGUCGUCCUCGCUGGGGGACGAUGGCACGUUGACCAUCCGGGCUCAGCGCCAGCCCCCCAAGCACGCCGAGCACGUCCAGCAAACCUUCCGGACUGAGAUCGGAUUGGGGACUCGUGACUGGCACCGGCACACCUGCGGCGGCGGGGACGCGCACAAACACACGCUUCCAUCAUCUCCUCCGGCAGUGUCUGGCGGCACUGCCGAUCCAUCCGGGCAUUCCCCGCCGCGGGACGCUGCGAGGGAAA